ACUGCGCAGGCGCAGUGAGGCGCUGGGCCCUGCGGUGAGAAAUUUCACAGCCUGGCGGUGGAGGUUGUGCGGGGCCUACCCAGCGGAAGACCACGGCUGGGAGAUCAUGUCUCACAUGGAUGAAGCUGCCCGCUCUCUCUCCAAAAGUGGGAAGGCUCUCUAUGCUAUCCUGGAGCUGAAGAAGGGUGCCUCACCUGAAGACAUCAAAAAAGCCUACAGGAGGCUGGCCUUGAAGUAUCAUCCAGACAAGAAUCCAGGGGAUGCUCAAGCAGCAGAAAUAUUCAAAGAGAUCAACACAGCCCAUGCCAUACUGAGUGACCCUAAGAAGAAGAAAAUCUACGACCAGCAUGGCUCAUUGGGAAUAUAUAUAUAUGAGCACUUUGGUGAUGAUGGCGUCAGAUACUAUUUUUUGACGACUAGUUGUUGGUUCAAGACACUUGUCCUCCUUUGUUUUCUGUUCACUUGCUGCUGCUGUUGCUGCUGCUGCUGCCUUUGCUGUGGAUCACUUUCGCCACCAUCUGAGGAGGUUGCUAGAAGAUACCAGCAGAAUGUCCAGAGCCAGCCUCCAAGGGCAGGAAAAAGAGAAAAUUUUGAAAAGGUGGAAGAUGAUGAUGAUGGUGAUGAUUAAAAUACCAAGAAUAGUGAGGUGCUCACCCAUGAGGGUUCCUUCUGCCACCCGGUCUA